UGUCCGCCUAAACAGCUAGAAUCGUAGCAUGACCUCUACUGCAGUUGAAAACACUCCGAAGCCGAGGGUGAAUCAAUUGGCUGCAGGGAUGCGAGUCGUUUUUGCUUGACACAUGACUCUCAGAUAACAGUAACACAAAACAGGCAUAUGUUCUCGGAGCCGCUUGAUUUCCGACUCGGGGAGAAAAGUGUGACAGUCGGCGCUGAGUCUCUUCCUGCACAGCAACAUCGACAUGGGUGUGAUCAGUGUGCAACUGGUGGUUACCAUGGUAAUGGCCUGUGUGAUUCAGAAAAUUAUACCUCACUACUCCUUCGCAAGAUGGCUGCUUUGCAGUGGCAGUCUGCGUUGGUACCAGCAUCCAACAGAAGAUGAGUUGAGGAGCCUCGCUGGAAAGCACCAGAAAGGAUGGAAGAACAAAAAGGACAGGAAAUACAACGGCCACAUAGACAACAAGCCAAUGACGGUUCCCAAAGACAUCGACCUCCAGCUGGAAACGAAACGUAUUGCUGAAGUGGACACGCUAGCUUUGCACUACUUCCCAGAGUUUCAGUGGCUGGUGGACUUCACAGUGGCAGCGACAGCAGUGUACCUCAUCACUGAGCUGUACUUCUGUGUGGCUGAGCCUAAUGGAGAGAUGAACAUCAGUGUGGUGUGGAGUUUGUUAGUCCUAGCCUUUGUCAUUAAGAUCCUCUUCUCCCUCACGGCUCACUACUUUAAGCUGGAGGAAGGCGGUGAGCGAUCCCUCUGCAUCACCUUUGGGUUCUUCUUCUUUGUCAAAGCAAUGGCCAUCCUAAUCGUCACUGAGAACUACCUGGAAUUCGGACUUGAGUCAGGUUUUGCUAAUUUUUCUGAAAGUGCUGUUCAGUUUCUGGAGACCCAAGGCCUGCAAUCCCAGGGCCCCAUAUCCAAGCUAACCUUUAAGCUGAUUCUGGCUCUUCUCUGCUCUCUGAUUGGAGCAUUCCUUACUUUCCCCGGGCUGCGAUUGGCCCAGAUGCAUCUUGAUGCCCUGACCCUAAACAUCAGCAAAGUCACACAGACAUUGCUGCAUAUCAACUUCUUGGCUCCUCUUAUAAUGGUACUCUUGUGGGUGAAGCCCAUAACCAAGGAUUAUAUAAUGAAUCCUACACUGGGGAAAGAAAGUGUGCCUUUGAUGUCAGAAAAGACGUACGACACGCUGCGCCUGUGGGUCAUUCUGCUGCUGUGUGCGCUGAGACUGGCCAUGAUGCGCCACCACCUACAGGCCUACCUCAACCUGGCUCAGAAGGGUGUCGAGCAGAUGAAGAAGGAAGCAGGACGCAUCAGCACAGUGGAGCUUCAGAAAAUGGUGGCUCGUGUCUUUUACUACUUAUGUGUGAUCGCUCUGCAGUAUGUGGCGCCACUGGUGAUGCUGCUGCAUACAACUUUGCUGCUAAAAACAUUAGGUGGUCAUUCUUGGGGCAUUUACGCUGAAGGGAAUGAAGACUCUCUCCUGGACACAACAGGACAAGCAGAAGCUCAGACACCACAAACAGUGGCGCAGCUCUCUGUGGCUUUGGGAGGACUGAGGACUGUUUUCACGCCUUUGCUUUUCCGAGGCCUCCUCUCCUUCCUCACCUGGUGGAUUGCGGCCUGUUUGUUCUCCACGUCUCUCUUUGGCCUCUUUUACCACCAGUACCUGAUGGCUGCAUAGCGACAGGCUAACUGAUGGCCAGUGCUAGCAGAGAGGACUGUACAGCCAAAGGCCGUGAAACUCCAUCCCUUUAUUUCACAACCAUAUCUCUCUUACGGGCUUCCUUUAUGGACGCUAAUGUCCUUUUUUCACAUUCAGUCAACCAUAACAAACAAUAACGCUAAUAAUAAUAUAGUAAUAAUGAUUUGAUCCCUAAAGUGAGGAAUAGUGAAUAGAGAAUUGUCUCCUGGACCGGGGGUGUGUGCUGAGUUAACAAUGCAGGACACCCAUGAAUAUGCAGAUGGAUACAUUUUUAUGGGCCUUUUUUUUAAACACACUGAGAAUUUUGAAGUGCAUUGCUUAUUUGAGAUACUGUUUUUUUUAUAGUUCUAAAUGGAUGAUAGAUGAUAUGCAAAAAAAAGUGCGGGGUUUUUAAAUGUGAUUUUAAGUAAUUUUUUUUCACUUUCACCUCUGAAACCUGGCUCUGCUGUAGGGGAGGUGGACACCCCCAGUCUUAUAUAACUCUUAAAUAACAAGUGUUGUAUUACAGCAAAGAAUAGCACUGGGGUUGUGAAUAGCACCUGGGAGAGGGCAGGGGGCUUGGGGGGGGUAUUAAUUAAAUGUGGGGGUUGUUUUUAUCUUUACUGCCAGGCAGGUGCUUAAUAGACCUUCCUGUUUGAGUUUGUGUAACUGUACAAAGACUGAGCUAAUUUAACUGUGUGUGUGAGUGUGUGUGCAAGUGUGUGUGAGAACAGGCAAGUGUUAGAAUAAAGACAUCAAUGCCUGCAGGCUGCAGCUGACCCCUGGCGCUCGCAGGCAUAAAUCUAAAAAAGGGCAUUUUGAACAAGAAAGGAGCGAUCUUUGGAAACGAUCUAAAGCACUGGCCUCCGCUCUACUCCUGCCUAUUCUUUUUUGUUAACUGGUCAAACAUUUUGCUUUGAAUCUAGGGUCCAGCUUGAUCAAACAGAGCCUGCGAGUGCACCGCACAUGCUACCAUGUCAUGCUUAUUGAUUUGCUGUCACGGCUCUAGUAUUUGGAUUGAUUUCCGUUUUAGCUUUAUAUUAAGGUGCCAAGGAUGCGUGUAAGCUCUAAUCUGUUAUGAGCGUAACUGCUUGUGUCCAUUCUCAAGACAUGUGGCCUGCUGUGAAAUGUAAGUAUUCACACUCAAAUGUUCUCUGCAGUGUACAAGCAACAGGGGACGAAUCCUCAUGGCUUGUUAAUACAUGGAGAGUUUGGCGUGGUUUGUGUAUCUAAAAUGUUUGGUCAGUAAAAAACAUAGGGAUUGUACUGCAGCUCAGUAGAACAGAUCCAAGAUACACAUAUCAGUUUGAUUUGUAAUUGUGUCUUUUUUUUAAAAUACCAUUUUAACUCUUUUUAUGAGUUGUAAAAUUCAGUCUUAUCCUCGCUCUCUAUUUUGCAUUUUGGAGAGUGUGCACAAUAUGAAUGUAUCAGUCCUGCAGUUUUGAUGCAUCAUUUAUCACUUUUCAUUUGUUCAAUUUUUUUUUUUUCCUGGUUCACAUACAAAUUUUCAGCUUGGCCAAACCAGUGACCCGCUAUGGUUAGCAUUGCUGACCAAAUCAGUUAUUAACAAUGCAGCGGUAUAACAUUCUGUUAACUGUGAUAACAUGCCGUUGCGUCAGUAUUACACAGAGGAAUUAGACAGUAACAGUGUUCCAAUAAUUACGAAUUUUGGCUGAAAUAUACUUUGCACAAUCAACACCUAAUCACUCAUUAUAUCCAGUGUCAGUGGAGCAUUUCAGAGCAUUUUCAAAGCUCUGUAUCACUUGCUAGUAAGAAACUACUGACUUUGCCAAGUUCUCAGAUUCUUAUAUUUUAUUCUUUUCUAGCACUUCUAAUUUCAAGCAAGUAGUUGAAGAGUGACCAAGAGCAGAAGGAAUCAGUUUAUCAUUAACUAAAUACCUCUUUUACAUUAUAGCUAUGUGUCUUUAAACAUUUCAAACCUAAUGCCAAAUAACAUAUAAUCUUCGGGUAAUAAUUGCUCUGUUAGGAUUUCACAAAGGCAAAUUUGACAAAUCAUUUGUAAACUCCCUAUUCUUUUUCUUUCAUUUCAUUUCUUUCAUUCUUUCUUUCUUUCUUUCUUUCUUUCUUUCUUUUCUCCAUUGAAUUCUAGUGUGGAGAUGAAGCUGGGACACUUCUUGAAAUCCACAAGCCAGGAUGGCCUUGUUUGUCUUAAUUAUGUUUUACGUAUGGCUGUUCUACUGUUUUAUUUAUAAUUUUUUGUUAGUUUGUGUUUAAUAAAUGAAUGUUGAGGGAAA